AGCGAACACAAGGCACGCACGCGCAGUGAAACAAGUAGGUUUGAAAACCAGUUGGGGCGUAACACCGGUUAAGUAUUUUACGACGCUCCCAUAAAACGAGAGAACUCUAACCCCUGGACGCAUGCUAGUUCCUGCAUUAUAGCAUGCAGCGGGUAAUGACAGUAGGCCUACGACUUUGCACACUUGGACAGUGUCACGUUAUUAAGAACGUCCGCACACAAUUGACGAGAUUUGUGGCUCGUCGAAACAUGUCGUCGUCUCAAACUAAGCGGCCGGUUUCCUUACUGGGAACUAUGGCGUUCGGUGGCCGAGCCGAUGCGGCGGUGAGUUCGGAAAUGGUGAAGACUUUCCUGGAAAGGGGACACAACCGGGUGGACACGGCCUUAAUGUAUAUGGAUGGAAAGUCGGAGACGGUCAUAGGGGGCAUGCACCUUCCUAAAACAGUAAGCAUAGCGACCAAGGCCAACCCCUGGGAUGGGAAGACGCUGAAGCCAGAGAGUGUGCGCUCUCAACUUGAAACCUCCCUUCAGAGGCUGCAGACUGAUUGUGUGGACCUUUACUACCUCCAUGCCCCUGACCACCAAAACCCAAUCCAGGAUACCCUGAGGGCCUGCAAUGAACUCCACAAAGAGGGAAAAUUCAAGGAGUUUGGUCUUUCAAACUAUGCAUCGUGGGAAGUGUCUGAAAUUGCCAACAUCUGUAGACACAACAACUGGAUUGUUCCCACUGUGUAUCAGGGGAUGUACAAUGCCAUGACAAGACAGGUAGAGACAGAGCUGCUGCCAUGUCUGAGAUACUAUGGAAUGCGCUUCUACGCAUACAAUCCUCUAGCAGGUGGCCUUCUGACAGGAAAGUACCAUUACCAAGACAAAGAUAGUUCCAAGCCUGAAGGACGAUUCUUUGGUAACACCUGGGCUGCAGCAUACAGGGACAGAUACUGGAAGCAGAGUCACUUCGAGGCAAUAGACGUGGUACUGAAGGCCUUGGAGACAGCGUACGGCCCAGAGAAACCCAGCCUGACUUCUGCUGCCAUGCGCUGGAUGUACCAUCACUCCCAACUGAAGGGGGAUCUUGGUGAUGGAGUCAUCAUUGGCAUGUCAACUAUUGAGCAACUCCAACAAAACUUGGCUGCUGCAGAGGAGGGUCCUCUAGAUGAGAGAGUGGUCGCCUCCUUCAACGAGGCCUGGAAUCUCGUCGUCCACAAGUGUCCAAACUACUUCCGCUAAAGAGCCUAAAUCUGUCAGUUCAAUCAAGUUAAUAUAAAGCAAUCUGCUAAUGACUUUGCCAUAUACUUUUUUUUCCUGAAAGCAAUUGAUUUUUGUAUUAAUAAAUAAAUCGGAGACCACUAAGUA